AUGUUUGCAUCUCAAGAUCCUAUUAAUAGCUGUGAAAGGAUGUUUCGAUCAAAAACUACAAUUGAUAAAAGCGUUGAAUUGUUGAUUGAUGAUGAAAGAGAACAUUGGAGACAUGUAUUAACAAGGAUAAUCGCUAUUGUUAAAAGACUUGCGAAAAACACAUUGCCAUUUCGAGGAGAUGAUGAGAGGCUACAUGUUGAGAACAAUGACCUAUUUUUACAAAUGGUCGAAAUGGUUAGUGAAUCUGAUCUAGUAAUGCAAGAGCCCCUUCGACGGGCUAAAGCAAGAGAGAUUCAAUAUACGUAUCUUGGCAAAAAGAUUCAAAAUGAGUUGAUACAGUUGUUGGCUAAUCAGAAGAAGGUAGAUGACACAACAGGAUUUGGACUUGCAACCGAGCUUCGAAAGGCUUUUAUAAAAAUUGAUCUCGAUAUUGAUGACAUUAGAAGGCAAGGGUAUAACAACGAAGCUAACAUGAGCGGGAAGCACAAAGAAAGUAAUGAAGAUCCUAAAGUGAAGAGUAAAGUUGAGUCAUUAGCAACACAUGAACUUCAAAAUUUUGAGUUUUUGUUUGGCAUGAUAAUUUGGUACAGAUUGUUGCAUGCUGUCAAUAUUGUGAGUAAAUUUCAUCAAACCGAAUCAAUGGAUAUUAAUCAUGCUAUUGACCUCUUGCAAGGACUUGUUUCAUUUCUUGAAGAAUACAGAGAAAUUGGAUUUGCUAUUGCCAAAGAUGAAGCGACAAAAAAGGCAAGCGAAAUAGGAAUUGAAGCUAUAUUUACUGAAAAACGCAUAAUUCGAAGAAAAAACAAUUUGAUGGAAGCAGUAGUGAUGAGAUUUUUGUUUAAUUUGAAGAGGUUAAGGGGUGCAACUUUUUCAAGUUUGUUAAUCUCUUGUUUGAAUCUUGAGAAAUAUCUUCAACAUAAUGGGCAUUUGGAUAUCAGUGGGGAUGAUUUAUGUUUGGAGUUACAAGUCUUGAUGUGUUCUAUACCAAGUGAAUUGCAUCUGCGGAAAGAAGUUUCUCGUAAUUAA